AAAUUGAAAUGGUCAGAAAUAAAAUGAACAAGUAUGCCAUGCAUCCGCGCAAUAUUCUGCGCGUGCCGCCCGACUACACCAAGUUGGCCAUCAAAUACAGGGACUUCAGACAAGUCUGUGAAUUGGAGCUUACAGGCAAAGUCUCGGUUAAUUUUCGCAAUGAGAAGACCUUACGCGAACUGUCCAAGAUGCUGCUGAAAGAAUAUUUUAAAUUAGAUGUGGAUUUUGCACCCGGCAGCUUGGUGCCCACAUUGGCCCUGCGUUUGAACUAUAUCCUCUGGCUGGAGGAUAUGCUGCUGCCGCUUAACUUGGAGACUGUGAGGGGCAUUGAUGUUGGUUGUGGCUCCUCUUGCAUUUACUCGUUGCUUGGCGCCAAAAAGAACGGCUGGAACAUGCUGGCCCUAGAGUCGAAGGAAGAAAACAUUGACUAUGCCCGGAAGAAUGUCAGGCGAAACAACCUGGAAGAACUUAUUGAAGUCUAUGCCCAGCCAGACAAGUCCAACAUCUUCAAGAGCUACUUUGAGACGGAGAAACUGAGGAAGGAAUUUCACUUCUGCCUCUGUAACCCACCAUUCUUUGACUCAAACUCCCCCAAUCCGUUCGGGGGCAACACGCGCAAUCCCCAGAGACGGCCGGCGCCCAACAACGUGCGCACUGGCAGCGCCGAGGAGCUGACUUGUGAGGGGGGCGAGGUGCACUUCGUUCAGCGCAUCAUCGAGGAGAGCCAGCUUAACAAGCAGCGCGUGCUCAUCUUCACCAGCAUGCUGGGUGUUAAGGCCAGCGUGCCCAAGAUCCUGGACUACCUGAAGGAACGUCAGAUUACCAACGUUACCACCACGGAGUUUCAUCAGGGACACACCACACGCUGGGCUGUGGCCUGGAGCCACCAACCAACGCCCCUAAGCCCCGGAACACAAUGUAAUUGAGUUGCUUUCAACUGGGAAUAAACUUCAGCUGCAUCAGCUGCGCACACAACUGAA